GUAAUUGUGUUGAUGGUAACAUUGGUGGUGAUGAUCAUCACGGAGACAGCAGAGGCGGAUCAAUAAUAUCCCCAAGAGGGGUAUUCAUGAAUGUCCAUACUUUUAAAUAGGGGCUUACAUUAAUACUACGGUGUUUUUUCUGGAAAAGAUCAAUAACAAAAUAACUUUUGGACUCAGUGGGUGGGAGGGGGGUAGCAUUGCCUCCACUACUUCCCUUGGAUUCUCCACUUGGCCUUAUAGACGAUGUCGAUAGUCAUGAUCCUGUUGACGAUUAUCAUCACGAUGAAUGUUGGGUCUGAGUAAUUGACCGUGGCCAGGAUACUAAUUCACACUCUGCUUUGCUGACAGCGGCGGCCCCAUACAUGUAUGAGGACCACAUCGUGGGUGGCUCCGAGUGCGCUGCCCACUCGCAGCCGUGGCAGGUGUCCCUCAACAUCGGAUACCACUUCUGCGGAGGCUCCCUGAUCUCCAGCGAGUGGGUCGUGUCUGCCGCUCACUGCUACAAGCCCGCCUCCCGCAUCUCUGUGCGCAUCGGCGAGCACAACAUCUUCGCGUCCGAGGGCACCGAGCAGUGGAUCCAGGCUUCCAAGGCGAUCUCCCACCCCCAGUACCACUCGGCCACCACCGACAACGACAUCAUGCUCAUCAAGUUGUCCUCGCCCGCUACCCUCAACCAGUAUGCGCAGGCCGUCCCGCUGCCCUCCUCCUGCGUCGGCACUGGAGUCAUGUGCACCAUCUCCGGCUGGGGCGAGACCCAGACCAGCGUCGGUGAGGACACGGCGCUUAGACGUCCGUCUACCCUGCAAAAAGCAUUUAAGGAAGACUUUUUAAAUAUUUUACAAUUUUCUCCGUCCUCACGUUACCCCAAUAUCUUUCCCCAGUGCACCAAUGCCUCACCAUUGCCAACCGCGUGUCUCCAUACAGGCAGCCCCGAUGUCCUCAUGUGCGUCCAGGCGCCCGUGCUGAGUGAUACCUCCUGCAGGAACUCCUACCCCGGUAACAUCACCAACAACAUGAUCUGCCUGGGAUACCUGGAGGGUGGCAAGGACUCCUGCCAGGGAGACUCCGGUGGCCCCGUCGUGUGCAAUGGCCAGCUGCAGGGCAUCGUGUCCUGGGGUCGCGGCUGCGCCCUGCCCAACUACCCCGGCGUGUACACCAAGGUGUGCAACUACAACUCCUGGAUCGCCAGCACCAUGGCUGCCAACUGAGCGACUCACUCGGAAGCCACUUGCCGAGCAACAAGCACCAUGAUGGUUGUAAUGACAUGAAACGAAUAAAACCUUUGAAAUGUUGAUGCCACCAUGUUUUCAUCGCCUUAUUUUCUUCGUCUUAUUUUCUUCGUAAAGUUGAUGAUCGAAACAUCGCAUAGCAUGGUAUAAUGGAUUGUGUUGCUCUACUGCUCAGCAAUCCACAAGCAGCCCCGUAGCAGCCUAUACAGCACAGGACAUCUUAACCCCUUUGGUAUGGUGGCCCUAUACCUCCCACCUGCAAUCCUUGAAACAAUAGUAUAAGUUUAAAAAAUAUAUGUUUAGUUCAAAUUGUUCAUACCAACAAAAUGGCUAGUUUAAGUAAUUUGCUUUGAGCAUGUCGAAAUGUUUUGCCAAGAUUCAACUGAUUUGAGUCGAUACAAAGGAGGGGGUGACAUGCAAAUGAGAUGGAUAAUGUCGGCUUCCCAUUGGUCGAUUCAAACUACUCCCACAGUUCGACACAGGAGCUACAGCGUGACCUUGGGGCGUUCUCAGGGACGCUCGCAGCCAAUCACAACCUGCCAUUGUCCUAAUUUGAAUAUGACCCGCCCCAUGAAAAUAAAUUCCUCCCUCUUUCCAUCCCUCCCGCUAGAUUAAAUACUCGAUGGUCGAUAAAUCGAUCAACUUUUGACCACUCGAUGAACCAUUCUGGUAUAAGAGUUGAUCAUCGAGUCCGGUUCACUUUUUGUGAGGGGCGCUCGAACGUGUAAACCGCACGGCGCUUAACAGUCACCACGUGGUACCUUCCAACAACAAUAGCCGCCAUUUACCACUAAGUGGCGGUGACGUCAACACGGCGACUGUGCCAGGCCAAGUGCACUUUAAGGCCGCGUUAAGUGUCGAGAGCUUUCUGACAAGUCACGGGACAGACCCAGGUGCCAUGUGUCGACUCACUGAGAUGCCAUGUUGCUCCACUUUAUCCGCCCGGCGCUGCGUUCGUUGUUGUGAGCGUCGCUCCUCUGCCCGCCUUUGUUGUUGGAGGGCGACUGCCUACAACUGAACAGUCAUGUCCUUCACGACACAGGCACACACACACACUCACACGGCCAUUCAUAGGGGGUGUGCUUUCAUAUUGAGAUAUUUUUAUCACCACCAACAAAUCCACUGGUGGAUGAUGGCUGUCAUUUUUUAUGAUGUGGGGGCGC